CAUAGAAUAUAAAUAGAAAGUCACGGAAGAAACACAGAAGUGAACUAUCAUAAACCAGUUAAAUUCUUCUAUUGUUAGCAUCUCUCUCUUAACGUUCGAAUCAUAAGCGGUCGACUGCGGUUUUGAAAAUUAGAUUUUCAUAAAUCUGUGUUGAAUUGCUUGUAUCUCUGCGCGCGUAAUUGUGUGCAACAUGAAUGACAGUAGCAACAUUGCACCCCUCGAUGAAGAGUUUAAAAACAAUUAUUCGUGGCUUCAAGUAGGUACAGUCACGAACGUGUCUUUAAGGCCAGUAAUAUCAGGCAAUACAACAGAAACUGAUAAUUAUCUAUGUAAAAGUAUCGGUUUGACUGGUUGGUUUGGAGUGGACAAGAUGACCGAGUUACGGAAAGACAUGAUCGUUAUAUAUGACCAGGAAAACAACUGCAUCCAAGAAAACGAGCCGAAUAUCAAUCUACAAAAUCUGAUAAUUGAAAAAGCUAACAAUUUAUAUAUAUACUUCAUGGCACCAGGAAUGUGCAAGUUAGCUGUAGACAUGUUUGAUCAACUGCAAAAUUUGAAAAUCGUACAGUGCAAAAUGUCUUUCUGCAAAAAAUAUGUAGUUGAGGUAAAAUGCAUUGAUUGCGGCAAUGAAGCAGCCGAAUGGAUAUCUAAAUAUCUGAAUAAACCUACACUACGUUUAGCGUAUGCUUUAAUUGAGCCCGAAACUCCAUCUUAUUUUUGGCAUCAGUUGAAACAGGCGUAUCGAUUAGAGCCAGAUGAGAGGAACAUUGUGAUACCUUUCAACACUAUACCACGUUACACGUUGUUGUCGCACCAAUCGUUAAUAGAAUUAAGUAAAGUAUCGUCAUAUCAUAAUGAUCAAAACCAUUUUUCCCCCGAUAUCUGCUUUACGCCGCUGUCUACAAUUCCUUUUAUCGAGUUUGAAUGGGAAUGGAUCAUGGUCGGCAAGGCAAUCAUGAGGAAUGUCAAACCAUGGGACAGUUCAAUACUCGAUCCGAAGCAAAUGCCAAUGGAUAUGAAAAUGAAUUUGAUGUUGUUACAUUGCGAGAUAUAUCAACCUGGAAGCGUGCGAACGGGAGAUUCAGUGUACGUUAGCCAACCUCUUACAGACAAUACACUCGAUACAAAAGGAAAAAUAGAUCUAACGUUAACUAGUUCUUUAAAACAUUCAAUUACUACUGCAAUUGCAGAAUAAUGUGUUAAAUGCUAAAUGUGGAAAAAUAUGUUGAACG